AUGAUAUUCAUGUUUGCAAACGACGGCGAUUUUUCUUGAAACCUGCGCCCAAAGGUGUCCAAACUUUCAAUCGCCUUUGAGGACACUGGACCGUGGAUGACCUUUGAAAGGCUUGAUCCCGCUCUGCAUGCCAACAAACACCGCGGCCAUGGUUCGACUCUCAUGGCCCGCCCUCUCACAUCUGCUGCGCCUGGUUGGGGCUUGCUGCCCUUUCCCAGGCCCCAGGUACUCAUCCCUCCAACGCAAUGUUGCCAGACGGCCGGGCCGCACUGCAUUUCGGUGGAGCCGUCACUCCCCGUGGUUCCAUUUUCGCGUCCCAAACCCUUCGCACAAUGCGCUUUGCAUCUGCGCUAUAUAGACUCUGGGCCCUAACGCGGCUCAGAGAAUGUCGCACAAACGUGAUACAAGACUUUGGGGUGCAGCGCGGCCUCGUCUUGCUACUGAUUUUGCCGAGGGGGUAACGAGUCGGGGUCGUCGUUCACGGUCAGCGGGAGAGAGACACUCUGCCUACCUGGUCCUGAUGCCAACAAUUUCCCUGUGCCGGGUUUUUUCUGUCCU